GGGAAACUGAAACUUACAAGUUUUGUAUGUAGUUUAGUUAAACGCGACCUUGUGUCAUUACACAUGGCCGACGUUGUUUUAGAUUUCUUUUUUUAACUAUUCCUAACUAAUGAGAAUCUUCCUGCAGUAGGCCAGUUAUUUCACUGUCAACACUUCGCGAAGAAACAGUUUUGAACUUCAACAGAAACUGCGUUUGCUUCCUGAUUUAUUUGGAGUCGACCUGAACAACAAAUAAAAUACGAUAGGAAAAAUAAAUAUUGAGAAAGAAAUACCCAAUAUGGAGUCAGGAGCAGAGGGGCCGUGGCCAACAGACAUGGGGGAGAAUGAUCCAGAAGAAGAGCUGAGACUGAUCCUGAUUGGAAAGACGGGAUCUGGGAAGAGCUCCUCAGGGAACACCAUCCUGGGCCAACAACACUUCCUGUCCGGGUGUAGUGCAGGCUCUGUUACCAAGGUCUGCCAGCUGGGGACCUCUGACUACCCUGUGGAGGAGGAGGCGGGGAGGAGGAGCAGGAGGAAGAAGGUGGUGGUGUUGGACUUGCCAGGUUUUGGAGACACACACCUGACCCAGGAGCAGAUCUUCGAAGAGAUCAGUCGAUGCGUGGCCCUGACGGCCCCCGGCCCCCACGCCUUCCUCUUGGUGGUCCAGGUGGGACGCUACACAGAGGAGGAGAACAUGGCCGUCACUAUGAUGGCUGCUGUAUUUGGAGAAGCGGCGGUCCGCAACCACACGGUGGUGCUGUUCACCCGGGGAGAUGAACUGGCGGAGCCGAUAGAGCAGUACCUGGCCAGCGCACCUGUGAGCCUCAAGGCUUUGAUUGACAGGUGUGGCGGCAGGUACCACGUUCUCAACAACCAGGCGCCCAGCGAUGUGCAGCAAGUUCACGAGCUGCUGGGAAAGGUGGAGCAGGUUGUGGAGGACAACGGUGGAGGGUGUUACACCAACGCCAUGUACCUGGAGGUAGAGGCAGCAAUCAGGAAGGAGGAGGACAGGGUAAGGAGGGAGGAGGAGGAGGAAGACAGGGUAAGGAGGGAGGAGGAGGACAGGUUGAGGAGGGAGGAGGAGGAUAGGUUAAGUAGGGAGGAGGUUGACCGUUUAAGGAGGGCGGAGGAGGACAUGUUAAGUUUGGAGGAGGUGGAAAGAUUGAGUAGGGAAGAAGUCGAUUGGUUGAGGAGAGAGGAGGAGGACAGGUUGAGGAGAGAGGAGGAGGACAGGUUAAGUAGGGAGGAGGUUGACCGUCUAAGGAGGGCGGAGGAGGACAGGUUAAGUUUGGAGGAGGUUGAAAGAUUGAGGAGGGAGGAAGUCGAUUGGUUGAGGAGGGAGGAGGAGGACAGAUUAGGUAAUGAGGAGGUUGACACGAAAAUGAUGGAUGAAGGUGACAGGUCAAGUUGGGAGGAGGUUGACAGGUUGAGGCGGGAGGAGGUCAUUUGGUUGAGAGAGGAAGAGGACAGGUUCAGGAGGGCGGAAGCGGACGGGUUCAGUAGGGAGAGGGCCCCAGCAGAGAGAGGUUUCAAUAGAAGACCGCAGGCUGCACAUUCCUCCAGCAGGGGGCGGCGCAGCCAGGUGCUGCUCUCCCCCAGCCUGAUGCAGACUGUGAGGAAGGUGGUGGCGGCGGGGCUCACGGGCCUGGCGGUGGGGGCUUUGUGUGGGGCCGCCGUCCCCCUUGCAGUGACAGCAGGAGCCUACUUGAUGGGCAGCACAUUAGCCUGCAGCACAGCUUCUGUGGUCGUGGGCGGUGCAGUCGGAGGAUUUGUGGGGGGCGGUAUUGGUGCCGGGAAUGGGCUAGAAGCUACAAGUCCUUUGGGAGGAGCUCAGCAAACCCUUAGUCAGGUUGGCACCCUUGGGGUCACGGUUGUGGGGUUGGCUGCACGGGUGGGAGCUGUAGGGGGUGUGGCUGCAAGGGCAGGAGCUGCAGGGGGUGUGAGAGCUGCAGGGGGUGUGUGGAGGCAGGAGCUGCUGGGAAAGUUGGAGCAGGUUGUGGAGGACAACGUGCGGCUGUUCUGGGUGAAGGGUGUUCUGGUGGCCCUGGGCCAGGUGGUCCUCCUCGGGGUCUCGUCUCAGUCACACGAGUAG